AUGAAGUUGCCCCUCCAGGUUGGAGGAAAUCCUUUCCCUAAUUAUCCUGCCCACACUCUCCUAACCCAUGUCACUUUCAGGUUCACCCUGGCGGACAGAGGAAAAGAAUUCCUACUCUCGCUGUCGGAGGAUGAAACUUGCCUAGCUCCUACCCCCAGGCCACCAAAGGCUUUCAUCCACCCCUUCGGACUGGUUGAACCGGAACACACACCCUCAAUUCGCCCUUUCGAAUUCCUCACUUGCUCGUGCGUCUCCCACCCCUUACACCGGUGUCUCUGUCGCUUUCUGCCUAUUCUAGGCGCCUUUCUUUUUGUCUCAACUAUUAUAUUGAUCUGGGAACAACCUAGUCUAUUGGGGCAAACUCAGAGUACCCCGCUCUCCCUUCUCCUGGCUAACUUCAAGGAUGUUCGGGCGAGAGGCAAUAACCUGAGCCUGGAUAUCCGGAGAUCAAGACUUAUCACUUUCUGUCGCUCCGAAUGGCCAACCUUCGGAGUAGGAUGGCCCACCCAAGGCACUUUUUGCCUCCCCAUAAUUCUUAAGGUUAAGGCUCAGGUAUAUCUCCCAGGUAAAGAGGGACAUCCAGACCAAGUCCCUUACAUUACAGUCUGGCAGGAUCUUGUGGAAACCCCUCCCCUGGUUGGCCCCCUUUCUGUUCCCAGAAAGCUGCAAGGUUCUCGCAGCCAGGCCGACAGAAGCACGAGGAUCUCGUGCCCCAUCUGCACCCCCUCCACCGUCCUCCCUGAUAGUCAAGACUUACUUAGUCUAGAUCCGCCCCCUUAUCAAACCCCUCCCCUAGCCGCCACUGCGGCUGAGCGGCUGAGCUUUCUCCCCCUGUGCCUGCCCCGGCUGAAGCCGCGCCGGGCCCUGAAGCAGAAGGUCGAGAAGCAAUUGCUGCGGUCCCUGCCGCUCAUGGAGGGACUGACGGCCCUGCCGGGCACACUAGGGGGCGCGCUCAGAGAGAAAAUCCAUUUCGCCCGGCAGAUUCAACUGUGGCUUUGCCCCUUAGAGAGAUUGGCCCCCCCCCCCAUGAUACUGGUAAUCCCCGACUCCAAUAUUGGCCCUUCUCAACUAGUGAUCUCUACAGUUGGAAAGCCCAAAACACGCGCUUUUCAGAUAAUCCAAAAGAUCUCAUAG